ACUAUAGUAUAGGUGUUGUGAGAAGAGCGCUGGCAGCAUGAGUCAAGGUAGCCACAACAUGAGGGAAAAAUCGCGGUGGUCGAAUGGUUGUCAUCGCCUUUUGUGACAGAUGUUUUGCGUGAUUAAUCCGCUUUGUUAAUUCGUGGUCGCGCGCACGAGAACGAACGAGGCUAAGUUUUUUCUAUCUUGAAUCUCGCGCAAAAAAACUAUACAUAACUGCCCGUGUUGUCAUUAUCGUGAUAAAUUGUGCUAAAGUUUCGUCACAGCCGACAGACAGAGAAGAAGCAUCGCAGGAAGGAGAGGAGAACGCGCUUCGUCAAAUGUCUCGCGGAUGCAAUGGUUAAAUAUUUUCGGUGAGAAAUAGAGAAAGAGAGAGAGAGAGAGAAAAAAAGCAAAGAGAAAGAGAGACUCGGAACCAGCUGGUCUUGUUAGGAGCUCAUCGCGCGAAUACGAGGAAAUAUUGUCCGUGAAGUUGCUAAAGUCGCGAAGCGAUAAUAUCGCUCGGGGAAAGCAGCGGCGAAGAAAACCGAGCUAUCAUCGCGCGCGUGGCAAUGGCAAAGACGUAUGAUUAUUUAUUCAAGCUACUGCUGAUCGGCGACUCCGGCGUCGGGAAGACCUGCGUGCUGUUCCGCUUCUCCGAAGACGCGUUCAACACGACCUUCAUCUCCACCAUCGGCAUAGACUUUAAAAUUCGCACUAUUGAAUUGGAUGGCAAGAAAAUUAAAUUACAAAUAUGGGACACCGCUGGGCAAGAAAGGUUUCGUACCAUAACCACAGCUUACUAUCGCGGAGCAAUGGGAAUUAUGUUGGUGUACGACGUCACAAAUGAUAAGAGUUUUGAGAACAUUAAAAACUGGAUUCGAAAUAUAGAGGAAAAUGCAUCUGCAGAUGUGGAAAAAAUGUUAUUAGGUAAUAAGUGUGAGCUUACAGAUAAGAGACAAGUGACUAAGGAAAGAGGCGAGCAAUUAGCUGUCGAAUAUGGCAUUAAAUUUAUGGAAACCUCGGCGAAAUCUAGUAUCAAUGUGGAAGAGGCUUUUUAUACUUUGGCACGUGAUAUCAAAGCAAAAAUGGAAAAAAAAUUGAAGGAAGCGUCAAAUCCACCGAAAGGCGGCGGUCAUCAGUUGAAAGCUUCAGAACCACAGAGGAAACCACCUAGUUGGCUCGCUCGUUGUACUAUACUCUGACCCUCCAAAUAUUAUCAACUGUUCAACGAGGCGCGUUUAUUUACUAUUAUUAUUUACUUAUAUGUUUAUUUCGUUGAACAAAAUCCAAGUUUUGUGAAAUCUUUCUAAGUCCCAAAUAUUGGGCUUACAUUAGUGGAUUUACUCGUUGACAAUGAAAAAUGUUUGCAUUGUAUUAACAGCUCAGAAAUUAUUUGCAUGAACGCAUCUUUUGCCGAAGGAACCCUCAGAGGAGAAAAUAUUAGAUUUUUUUUUAUUUUAUUGUGUAAGAUGCGUGUCGUCUUAAUUUAUAUAACACCCUACAAUUUGUUAUACGUUCCAAUCUGUUAAUCAAUAUAAUUAAACUGAUUUAGGUAAUAAUUGUUUGUGCGAUAAAUAGGUUGGUCGGGAUCUAAUUAUCUUGUCUGUAUUUUAAGCUAUCUCAAAAAUUAUGAUGUAAUUUAUUAAAGCAGAUGAAAAUAUGUUACACGUGAUAUAUAUGUGAACACAAUGAAUUUCUCCUCUGGUUUUCUUACAUGAGCUAUGGAUAUGGUUAAUCUUUUUUUAAUUAGAAAAUCAAUACAAAAUUCAAUAUACGCUCGUUGAUCUUAAUGGCAAUGAGAUGAAGUAUUUUGUCAUGCACGAAAUUUUGUAUCGUUUCAACAUGAUUUACAUUGUGUGUGUUUCUCGUUUUAUUGGAGGACCAUAUGUUUAUAAUAAUACAUAUAUAUAUAUAUAGAAACAUACAUCACACACACACGCAUACACACACAUACACACAUACACACACAAGUGCAACAUCACACAUACAAAGUAAACUAAAAACUAAACUAAAAACUAAAAAAAAAUAAUAAAAUAAAUAAGGUUAAGCAGUAUAGAUAUCACAACCGUUUUUAUACUGUUAUUAAGCAGAUAUAGCUUUUUCACAAAAUUAACGGGAAAAUGUAAAGUGUACUAGCAUUAACUGAUGUAAUUAAAAUGCCUUGUGACGAAUUGAACAAGCAUUUUAUAGACAAUUUUGUUAUAUCACACUCGGAUAGUCAUAGAAUUUUUAUUAGAUCUAAAAAGGAAUAGCAUAAGUACGCGAAGCUUAUUUUCGGCAGAAUUAUUUUGCAUAUAGAGGUAGUUUUAUUUACAAGAGUCUACGAUGAAAAAUCUUUUAUUCGCUGAUUGUCAUGAUGUGCAUUUUACAAAUUUGCAUUUUUACCAUCAGAAACUUGUUCAACUUAUACUUAAAUAUACAAACGAUUAUUA